AUGACGACGACGCCGUUGAAUUACCCGCUCCACAUGGAGCUUAAAGUUCUUGCUUAUCAGGCAACGCCGGCGGUGUUCGGAGUAUCGGCUGAAAGCCAUGCUGCGUUGGUUAAGGAAGUGGAGGAUCUCCGUGAGACUUUGGGUCAGACUCAUAAAACCCUGGACGAAGCCCUUCUUUAUCUCGUCUGGCGACGAUGA